ACUGAACGUAAACGUGCAAGAGAGGUUAGUCCCGAUCCUGCCUCAACUCCUCCUUCAGAUACCCCUCCUUUGCUAUCGCCUCCUAGAGCAGGCGACCAGGAAAAUAAUGAUUUUGAGGAUUAUGGCCUGUUAGAAGAGGAAAUAAUUAAAGACGAUGCUUCUGAAGAAGAAAUGGACUCUGAGGGUGAAAACUUAUUUGAUGGAGAACUAAUGGAUAGAGAUUAUCAACCAAAUCCUCUGCUUGAUGUUUAUGAUACAGAAGAUAUAGACGAUGAUUUCCAUGAACCUAUGUCCUUUGACGCUCGCAGACGCGCUGAAAUGAUUAUGGAUCAAUUAGAUCAAAUGGGUGCUCAAGGGGAGCAAUUAUACGAGGAUGCAUUUACUAAGCCAAGAAACAAACGUCGUCGUCGACGUGUUCAUAAUGAAUUUCAAGAAAUGGAAAAUAAAUUAGUGGUGGAAGAGGAGUACAUGGAUCUUGAAGAGAUAUCAACUAUAAAGGCCCCAUCUAUAACCGAAUGGAUCAAGAUACCAGCCGUAAGAAGUGGUAUUUAUCAACAGUUUAGCAAUUUUUUAAGAACUUAUGUAGAAAAUGGGAAAUCUAUAUAUGGACCCCGUAUUGAAGAACUUACAAAAGAUCAACUUCAAAGUUUAAAAGUAAAUUAUAAUCACUUAAAAAAGAGCAAGGAAAUUUUGGCACUUUUCCUUAAAGAGUCUCCUAAUGAGAUGCUAAAUAUUUUUGAUGAAUCUGCAUAUGAUUUUAUUGUGGAAAUUCAUCGUGGAUAUAAAAAACUUGGCAAAGAAGUGCGUGUGCGUAUAACUGACUUUCCUGUUAUUCACAAUAUUAGAGAAUUAAGGUGGGUCUCAUUGCACUGUUUUAUAUCGCCUGUCAUGGCAUUAGUUUUAUGUACUAAUGAAUUAUUAUUCGUUGUGGGCAGACAAACCAAUCUCAAUAACUUAAUACGAGUGUCUGGUGUAAUUACAAGGCGAACCGGAGUGUUUCCUCAGCUUAAAUAUGUUAAAUAUAAUUGUGCCAAAUGUGGAGGCCUUCUUGGGCCAUACACACAAGAUAUUCAGAAUGAGAUAAAAUUAAAUCAUUGUAUCCAUUGUCAAUCCAAGGGUCCUUUCAUUCUAAAUACUGAACAGACUGUAUAUAGUGAUUAUCAAAAAAUAACGCUUCAAGAAAGCCCUGGUACGGUACCAGCAGGACGUCUGCCUCGACAUCGUGAGGUCAUUUUACUCGGCGAGUUGAUCGACUCAGCAAAACCUGGUGAAGAAAUUGAAGUCACCGGUGUUUAUCGAAAUAAUUUUGAUGUAUCAUUAAAUAUAAAAAACGGAUUUCCAGUGUUUGCAACCGUCAUAGAAGCAAAUUAUAUUAGUAAGAAGGAAGAUUUAUUUGCUAGUUAUCAGUUAACCGAAGAUGAUAAAAGAAUAAUCCAAGACCUAGCUGCAGACGACAAAAUUAGUCGGAAAAUUUUUAGAAGCAUCGCGCCAUCAAUAUUUGGACAUGAUGAUAUAAAGAGAGCAAUAGCUUUGUCAUUAUUUGGUGGUGUUCCAAAAAAUAUCCAGGAUAAGCAUCGACUGCGUGGAGACAUCAAUAUUCUUAUGCUUGGCGACCCCGGGACAGCCAAAUCUCAGUUUUUGAAAUAUGUAGAAAAAACGGCUCAUCGAGCUGUUUUUACCACGGGACAAGGCGCAUCUGCAGUUGGUCUCACUGCAUCUGUUAGAAAAGAUCCGAUCACAAGAGAAUGGACCUUAGAAGCAGGUGCCUUGGUUCUUGCUGAUAAGGGUGUCUGUUUAAUCGACGAAUUUGAUAAGAUGAAUGAUGCUGACAGGACGAGUAUUCAUGAAGCUAUGGAGCAGCAGACUAUAUCUAUUUCUAAAGCUGGGAUAAACGCAUCGCUUAACGCGAGAUGCGCUGUCAUUGCUGCUGCAAAUCCUAUAAGGGGACGAUACAACACAUCUAUACCAUUUUCGCAAAAUGUAGAUUUAACGGAACCUAUUCUGUCCCGUUUCGAUGUUCUUUGUGUUGUCAAAGAUACAGAUCUUUUGCGUAAAUAUAUUAUAUAUGCAAAACAAAUAACACCGCAGCUUACACAUCUUGACGAAGCAAUGGUUUCAGAGCUAUACUCCAAUUUAAGGAAAGAGUGUUUUGCGCAAUAUAUUAAUAAGGCAAAAGACCAACAUGAGUUGCUCCUACAUGUACUUAACUCAUUAGUCAGAGAAAAGAUCCGAAUCCAAAGAGUUGGCAAUGCCAACACGAGAGAUGUCAAUAUUCGUAUAAAUGUGUCUGAAUUCCGAACGCAGGCUAAGAAUCACAACAUUCAUAACAUUGAGCAGUUCCUUCAAAGUGAUGAGUUCACAAAUCAUUUCUUACUGGAUCAAGAACAAGGCGUUAUUAUCAAACCGAUUUAG